AUGUGCUGGGACGAAGAUCAUCUUCAAAUCUUCUUUUCACAUUCCAAAACGGGCCAGACAACUGGGGGCCGUCCAGGGGAUCCCAGGAGGGUUUAUGCCAACCCUACCUGCCCUGAGAUCUGCCCCAUCUUGGCAUUGGGGAUUUACUUGUUGUGCUACCUACCAGAUAGAACAAUCCUGUUUCCAGGUCGAUCGCAGAGCAAACGAUUCUUGCAAAUCUUUUCAAAAAUCUUGUCACCCCCGGAGGACCGGCAGAGGGCCCGGAGUAUCGGCAAUGACUUUGGCAGCGCCUCGUUCUCCAAAGGAGCGGCGGAAUACUGCAGCGUGGGAAGUACCCACGGCCCU